AUGGCCUAUUCAGCACGCGCUAACUCGAUAUUCUCGGGUUCGUCUGCUGCACCGAGUCUUCGCCAGCAAAGUAGUCAUAAUGCCCAGCAAUCGUCAGCUUUGGCUUCCCGUAUUGCAUCAAAAAAGUCCGAACUAGAUAGUCUGAGGCAGCUUCGCGACAUGAGCAAUGCGCUGGCGAUGCAGAUGCAAGCCUUGGAGGAUAAACUGGGGACACUGAAGGACGGCACGGAAGCUAUUGCAUGUGUCCUUGCCAAUUGGCAUAGCGUGCUACAGGCAAUCAAUAUGGCAUCCACAAAAGCCUCGACCGUCCACGAGGGGGCAGUGCCCCGAUCAAACACUGAUAAUCAAAGUGGUGUGUCAGCGAUGCCUUCGAUUCUAGUCCGGAUCCCCGCAGAUCAGCCAGAGGACGCACGAGAUUAA